AUGGAUGAAUGCAAUAACACCCUGUUCAACUCCGUUCGCACUAAACUGAGACAUUCAAGAUCGAGCAUUGUGCUCCCAGUAUCAACCACCAAUAACCAUGAGUCGUCGAUACCUUGGGACAACGUCCCCGUCGAGUAUCGACCAGUUCAAAGAAAGAACCCACGACCUGUUGCAGGAUAUUAUGCCUCUUAUGCGGCGAUACCACAAACACUUCCCGGACCACCUCCAAGACCACGUACAGCUUCACCUGGUUUCAAGGUUCAACCACUAGGAAAUACUACCACACCAUUUCUGAUACAACCAAACCCCAGAACGUAUCGUCGCAGGUCGGCGCUGGACGUUCGGAAUCCUUGGUCUGGUCCCCAAAUCCGGCCAAAUGCGAAUGCAAGUUCAAUGGACGAAGAUAAAUUCUUGAGCGUCGAAAUCGCUGCUGCGUUACCACCAGAUCAUCUCGAUCCACCUCCUCCCUACUCCUAUCAUCCACCACCACCAUCUCUACCGCCACCACCGCCCCCUUCGAAUGCCCGACAUCGAUCAUGGUCUAACCAACAUCACUAUGCUGCCGUGAUAAAUCCGCAUACUGGUCAUGUGUUCUAUAACCCUGGAGAUUAUCAACAACAACCGUUGCGAACACGACAAGUCCAAGCAGUUCCGUCCAUUAGUGUUCCCACGGCCCCUACCCCAGUAUCACCUAUCAAUUCUUUAGAUGCCCAAUAUCUUGCCUUAAGAAAGGCUAGACGGAAAAGAGCUAUGGACGACUUGAAUAUCGACAACCUACUAAACCAUCCAAUGCUCAGCAGACGAUGA